GCCGGUGGCCGAAGCUCUUCCUCGGCCGGGCGAGCUUUUCUCCGGCCGCCGCCAGACCAGGCCACCCGGACCGGCAAGGCGGGAGGCGGCGUUCUCGGCAGGUUCCGGGGACCCGCAAGCGCGGCAACCGAGCCAGCCCCGGCGAGGACCGCGCCCUUCCCGCAGGCCCGAUCGCGCCCAGCGCCAUGGAGGGCCGCCCCCCCUGAGCCCGCGCCCGGCAUCAUCCCCCUCGCCCGGGCGGCGGCGGCGGCGGCGAGGAUGGCGGGCGCCUGAGUCGUGCCGCGGCCGGGAGGAGAAGCAGGGCGGCGGCGGCGGAGGAGCGAUGCCCCCCGGCCCCCGCCCCGCCCGCUCCCCCACAGAACGCUCCGUCCCGCAGCGCCCCCUCCGGACGCCCCCGGCCCGCCUUUGGCCAGCCCGCAGAAGAUGAAUGCCGGGCCCCAGGAAGCUCUGGUCUCCGUCUUCCUGCAGUUCAUCGAGGCCCGGGGCUGCUGGUGCUACGGGGCGCUGAGCCAGACCUGCCACCCCCAGGAGCUGCGGCUGCAGAGCGACAUGAACCUGCUCUACCGGAAGAGCGGAAAGGUGGACUGGAAGCCGGGCAAGGACGAGGAGCCGAAGCGGGGUUCGGGCAAGGAGACAAGCGUUGGGAAGGUGCGCGACGUCGCCUCCUUCCGCCGGCAUUUCAGGAUGGGCUUCAUGACCAUGCCAGCCUCCCAGGAGCAUGCCCCGCACCCUUGUGCCAGCAGCAUGGCGCCCCGCUCUCUCUCCUGCCAUUCGGUGGGCAGCGUGGACAGCGGCCCUGCAGAUGGGGCGGUGGGAUCUCGCAAGCCGCCCGCCAAGCCCAAGCGACACCCCAGCACGAAGCUCAGCACGGAGGCCAGGAGCGCCCUGGAGCUGAUGGGAAGCAAGAAAGGAGGGUGCCCGAAGGCCGGGGUGGAGAGCCGAGAGGCUGCCCGCAAGGUGCCUCCGCAGAAGCCCAAACGCAGCCCCAACACGCAUCUCUCCGUGUCCUUUGAUGAGACCUACUCCGGGCGCCUUCCAGGCCCUGUUCCGGGGGCCGCUCUGCAGCGCUACGGCCGUGCUGUGUCCCACGGCCAGGCCAAGGGCUCCGACGUCGAGGAGGACGAGCCGGUCUACAUCGAGAUGGUGGGGGACAUUUUCCGGGGACCCGGCCCCCCUUCCCAAGGAGUCACUGCUGCGGACGACGACUCCGAUGAGAGCGAAGCCAUUUACGAAGAAAUGAAGUACCCACUGCCCGAGGAAGGGGGGGAACCCCGCCCCAACGGAGCCCUCACCUCCCCUGGGCAUCGGCCACCCAAGAAGGAGGCUGCCAAGGCAGCGCCAAGCACCAAGACCUCUCCGUGCGAGAUCCCACCCCCCUUCCCCAACCUUUUGCAGCACCGGGCCCCCCUGCUGGCCUUCCCCCAGGGCAAGAAGGGGUACAAAGGUCCCGACGGCUCCAAGCUGCCCAUCCUGUGCCAUGCCAAGGACACCCCCUCGGCCCCCAUGACCCCCCAGGUGCCCAGCCACCACCAGCAGCGGGGGGGUGAGAAUCCGGCCCUGGCGCCUUCCGGACGGGCUCGCAGCCACUCCACGCCGCUGCCUCCCCAGCCAGCCGGCCAGAGCAAGCCGGACAAGGAUCUGCCCGUGUCUCACAGCAUGAUCUGCCCCUCUGCAAAGCCGCCCCCCACCCCGGCCCUGCCAGUGGCCUCAGUCCCCUCUGGGCUGUCGGGGAAAGACAAGCCGGCUGUCUCCUACACAAUGGUCUACUCGGCGGUCAAGGUCACGACUCACACGGCGCCCUCCGAGCAAAAGGCCGAGGAGAUCUCGGUGUUGCAGGGCAUGCUGUGCGCCCGGCCGUCCCCUGUGCCCGCUUGCAGGCAGGUGCAGCGCAUUUGCACGCUGCCUGAGCCGCCCCCUCUGGGCAUGGUCUGGACUUAUCCGGCGCCUUGCGCGGGGCUGAAGCGCCCCCCGGCCUACGAGAGCAUCAAGAGCAUGGGCACCAAGGCCUCUUCAGCGGUGAAAAUUCACCUGCGGGACCGGGCCUUCACCAGCAUCCACCAGGUGGUGGCCGGGGAGGAGUCCGGCCGGCUGGGCGGGGAGGAAGAAGCCUUUGGCUGGAUGCUGCACAGGAGGACUGGCCUCCGGAAGGGGAAGGAGCCCGACAAGCUCCCAGACUGCCCCCAGACAUGGGAGGGCAGCGAAACUGCUCAGCCCAAACUGGAGAAGGAGGAGAAAGUUGUGCCCAGCCACCCGCAGUCGGGCAUCCCGGUCCGUGCGCCCCCCCUGGAGUGCCUGGCUGCCAAGAUGCCCGGCGGCAGGACCAACCUGCCCAUCCCCUGCCAGACCUUCCCUGCCUGUCACCGCAACGGAGAUUUCACUGGCGGUUAUCUCCUGGGCCGCUCGGCCUCCACCUCGGGCGUCCGACAGGCUGUGACCCACACGCAGAGGCUAUGCAGCCACUCCAGGGACCCAGGCAGCCCGGCCUUGCCCUACGCCCUGCUUCCCCCGCCGGAGGCGCUGCAGAGCUCACGGGAGAGGGACGGGAAGCUGCUGGAGGUGAUCGAGCGCAAGCGGUCCGUCUGCAAGGAGAUCAAAGCGCGACACCGGCCCGAGCGCAGCCUCUGCAAGCAGGAGAGCAUGCCCAUCCUGCCCAGCUGGCGGAGGAGCACGGAGAGCCGCAAGUCUGGCACGCCGCCCUGCCGCCGACAGCAGACGGUGCUCUGGGACACGGCCAUCUGAGCAGGCAGGGGCUGAGCCCCGAGAACUGGUGCCUUGUGCCGGCCGAGCCCAACUGGUGGCAGGGCUGACUGCUGGCAGCGUGUCUCCCGCUGGGGACCCUCCGGAGACUGGGGGGGGGGCUGCCCCUCCCACACGGCGGCUGGAAGGACGCCACGGGGGCACGUUUCUUUCACGGCAGGGGGAGAAGAAGCCCCUCGCCUCCAUGCCAGGAGGCACCUGGGCAUCAGAGGCCGGGCACACCGGAAGCACCACUGCCCGCAGCAUUGGUGCCGAGUGACCGGUGCCCUCAGGACCAUCUCUGACCGGUCUCUGGAGGCAGGGCAGGGGCUGGGGGUGGGGUCCUGUGUGGGGGGGCUAAGGAGUCCUUCCGCUUCUGGGCCAAAAGCUGCUGGAGCGCAGGGGGCCCAGUACACUCAUCCAGCCACCCCCCUUUUUUCUUCCACCCCUGAAAAUGCCCGUGGGAAAAGAGGGUUGUGCCAAUUUUGGAGGUGCCCCCCUCCCCUCCGUUCAAGGCCUACAAAUCCUUCCAUUUUUGAAGCCGUGCGGAUCUCAAGACUUGUGGUGCCGAGUUCUUGUUCUGCUGGAAUUCGGAGAGAGAGAGAGAGAGAGAGACACAGAAAGAGAGAAAGAAAGAAUGGGAAAGAGAACCUAUGGAUGAGAGCGGAGGAAUCGUUCCUGAGUCACAUAGUCCUCAACGUAUGACCACAAUUGAACCCAAAAUUUCCGUUGCUAAGCAAGAUGGUGGUUAAGUUAAUUUUGCCUCAGUUUAAGGAAUCGAAGCAGUUGAUAAGUUACUCAUUUGAUUGUUAAGCAAAUCUGGCUUCCCAAUGGAAUUUGCUUGUCGGAAGGUCCAAAAGGUGAUCACGUGACCCCAGGACACCGUUAUAAACAGGAGUCAGUUUGCCAAGCAUCCGAAUUUUGACCGUGUGACCGUGGGGAAUUCUGCAACGGCCGUAAAAAAUGGCCCCUUGUUUUUCAGUGCUGUUGCAACUUGAUGAGCGGUCAGUAAACAGACCGUUGUAACUCGAGGACUGCCUGUGCUCUUAAGAAAGCUCCGAAGAUGCCCUUCUUAUCAAAAUUCAAUCCUAGAUACUAGGUCUGCGACGGAAUCCUAAAACAGCAUUUUCCAAGCUCUCAAAAUUGGUGGAAAAGCAAAGGGGGGAUUGCACGUGGAGAGGGGGGGUGCAAAGAAGCAGAUACAUAAUGCCCCCCCACCCCCAAGUUCCUUCCCUUUCAGAAGGUGGACCAGCUCUUGUCGGCUGGAGAUGGCAAUUUGCUGAGUCUUUUUCAAUUUUUAGUAGCCGGUUUGCCGAAACCAAUGAUUCUCUUCCCCACCCCCCGAAAAAAAGUAGAAAGUUUGAAGGGAAAUAAGGACUGCUUGGCAUUGGAUCUGAUUUUGGGGGGAAAGAGUUUGUUGCAGUUGUUAAUUAGGGUUUUGCGGUUGUCGAAGAACAUCGAGGUGGGUGAAUUAAUUCUCUGUCCUUAGCGGGAAGUUUGUGUUUCUAAUUCCAGAUGGAUGUUUCUCAGGUUUUAUGAACUUUUAAAAUGGGUGGGCUUCAACUGGGGAAUUCUGGGAGUUGAAGCCCAUCCAUCUUAAAAGUUCACAAACCUUGAGAAAGCCCGUUCGAAAGCAUGACAAAAGGUUGGAUCCCUCUUCUGAGUUCUGGAAGACUCGGGAACUCCUGGGUUCCUAGCAGGUCAAACACAGGGUAGACCAUAGUUUAAACUUGUGCCAAACCCCCAUUCUAUGCUCAAUGUACAUGCGCUCAGCCCCUCGCCCGGACCAGGGUGGGAACCCCGCUUUCUCCAGGCCCGUCUUGUCCCGUCCCAGAGUCGAGGAAGGAGGGAGCCAGCCAGUCUUAGGAAGUGGGGGGGGGGAAGCCUCCUUCCUCUCUGCCUUUGGCAUUGCUAACGGCAACCAGUCAAUGGUCUUCCAUCGUUUCAGCCACUUAGCGGCCCUUCCCGGCUCAUGCCACGCUCCGGGCACAGUCUCUUCACCAGUUCUGGUGCCUGCCAUGCUUUGUUCCCUGUGCCACCCAGGCUGGGCGUCAGAAUUGGAACAGAGCCGGAAGGGACCUUGGAGGUCUUCUAGUCCAACCCCCUGCUCGAGCAGGAGACUCCAAACUAUUUCACACAAGUGGCUGUCCAGUCUCUUUAAGGUCUCUCUUUAAGUUUCCUGCCCCCCCCCCUCUGGAUGGUCCUUGCUUUGCGUCCAGGUGUCCCUGUUCUGAGCAAACUGACAAAGAAUCCUGUCUGCCUUGCAAGGAUUUGACCAACCUCUUUGAAGUUACCUCCCCCCUCCCCUCAAAUGGCUCCGGAACCCUUUAGGAUUUGUCCUCCCACCCAUCCCCUCCCCAGCACCACCCAGCGUGUCCCAUUUCUGCUUCCAAUUGUGGCUUGGCAAAAGCCCCAGUUUUCUGUUAGCGUCCCAAAGACUUGGCUGGACCAGUUUCGACGCUGGCGUGAAUCCAUUUUACAAAUUAGGAUGACAGACACAGCAGCGACAUUAAAAAAAAAAGAUGAAAAAAAGCAAACCCACAAACCGAAACGGCACCACGGUGGGGCACAAGGGGAACCCAGUUGGGGACUUCUGGGUCCGAGGCUCAAACCCCCCACCCCACCCCCCACCCCCCCUGAUUUAAAUAUUUCACGAGAUUGUCUAGUGUAGCAAGAUGAAACUGCUUUGCAAAAAUAUUUAUGCUGGGGAAUUCAAGGGAGGGUA